CUAUUCCACAAUUCAGUCAUCUCUAGCCAAAACGUGGUUUUGUAUUAAUAAAAAUUAAAUAAGAAAAUAUAACAAAUAAUAGGAAUUGCGCCUUUUAAUGUCCAAAAAAAUUAAAGCGAUAACGACGUAUAACAAAGACUGGCACGAUGAGCGAUCUUGAAGAAAUGGACAAUGACAGGCUGAAUGAGCUGGAAUCAAUACUGUAUGCUUCUAUACACUAUAAUGAUACAACCAGCGAGGAGCAACAGCAUCAUGCGGCACUGGGCGCUGUUCUGGACGCGCAAUCUAUGCCACCGCCGUCGCAGCAAAAGCACCACCAACAACAACAACAGCAUCAACACCGCAUUGUCAGUGAGAAACGCGUUAUCAACAAUGCAACAGCGAAGCCCCGUUAUUGGGCAGAGGCCAAAAGCGAAGCUGCAUCCACUGUCGAAACAGUGAAACCAAAGACAAGCGAAGUCACGCCAGUUGAAGCUACAUCAACAGAGGAGCCGAUUCCGGAGCAGCCCAAACGUAUGUUAACUCAAGCCGAUGCUGAAAGUACCUCACAAACAACUAAACGUAACGAUGCCAACACUCCUAAGAAGCAUACCAAACCACUCAACACAGUCCAACAGCAAUUGUUGCAGCAACAGCAACAACAGAAGAAGAAGCAGCUGCAACAGUCGCUGAAAAAGCCACAACAUGAAGUACAACAGAAACCACCGAAACCACAACAAACCUCAAGGGCAACGAAUGAUGAUGAGCCGGAACAAUUUGAUCAACGUCUGUUGGUGGCAAUUCCACCAAAUUGGUCGCAGCUCAAACGUGAGACGGCUCAGCGUGGAGAUGCACCCUUUGGGAAAGCAAGUCGCAAGCUGGAACAGUUUCAAAAACUGGCACAAAAACGACAGAAAUCCAAACGUGCGCAGAUCAAUAAGAAGCUAAGACAAACCCAAGAGGAACCGGUUGAACUUAUCAAUCUGGUGGAUAGUGAAUCAUCCUCCAAUGCGGAUGACGUUAUCAUUGUGCCCCUGCCGCCAGUUCCUAUAAUAAAUGUAGAUGCUAGUGAUGACGAGAUAGAGGAGGAGGAGGAGGAACGGGAGUCAGCACAGCCGUACCUAGAGGAGAAUGCUAUGGAUGCUGCCGAUGUUAGUUUGGGUGUCGAUUGUGCCAUGGAGCCGGAGACGAUGGUUUCAAUGCUUACUUCGCCCUGCAAUUCGGUAUUAUCCAGUGAUGACUUUAUCGUACAAAAGGAUACUAGUCGUCUGCUUGCUGAACGUGCUCGUGCCACAGACGAGGAUCUCUUGGUCCUGACGGAAAAUGCCAUCCGAGAAGCUGCCGAACCGGACAGUCAAGCCGAAAGGGAACAGGGGCCAGACACCUCAUCCGAGCAUGAAUUUGUGCCACCGUCCAAGCUUGACCAGAUUAAACAGAACUUUCGCGUUGAUGAGCAACAAUUCCGUGCCCUUGAUGUCUACGAAAGCGAAUCCGAUCUCACCGAAAGUGGCAUUUACUGCAAGGCCAAACAAAAGGCUACGCCCACAGUUAUACGAAGCGUUGACUCCGAUUCGGACGUCACAGAUGUGGAGGCGAUCGUGGAAGACAAUGUGGUAAAGACAAAGCGUCUGCGCAAACGUCGCGCAUCGAGCACCAAUCAAAGCCAAUCUGAUCCCAACAACGAGCUCGAUAUGGAGGACGACACGGACAGCGACAAUGACAUGGAAGCAACGGGCGUACCGGGAAUAGCCCGUGGCUUGGCUGUGGAGCGGGUCAAGCGUAAGAUCAAGCGUAUAAGUCAAAGACGUUGCUCGGAAAGCAACGUCACUUUGGAGACCAGAAAGAAGGCAGCCGAUGACGCCAGUUCGGAGAGUGGUGCAGAGGAAUCGCUGCCAACUGCACGUCAAAUUGCCGAGCGUCUGUUGAAACAGGAGCAAGCUACACAAGAAACAACGGAGCAGCCAAUGGAUGCGGCAAUGGAAACCGAGGGAUCCGAUGCAAACACUGAGGAAGAAGCUGAGCUAAAUAACGCCAUGUCGGAAAGAAUUAGCGCAGUAUUUAAACGCAUUGAUGGGAAUACAGAACGCUCAGCACCGAAUCUGGACAACAAUGAGCAGGAGGAGGUAAGCACAACAAAUACACAGCAGGAAAUGGAGGCAGAGAAUGCUGAGGAGCAGGAUGUACGCGUAAUUGAAAUGGAAGCAGAUACGUUUGAGCCAGAGCCACAGCCACAGCUCGAGCUGCAACCAAAACCUGAGGAUGAAUCUGUGGUGCAAGUGGAGCACAAUCUGUUAGGGCUUACUGAGCAAGUAACUGGCGGUGAUUUGGUGGGAUGGAAUGAUGAAAUGUGUCGCUUCUACAAUGACAGCUGGCAUGGCGAACAGUUCAACUUGCAGAAACUGCUAAAAAACAUGUCAGGUCAACGUCAGGAGUGGAGAAUCAUUAAUGCAGAUCGCUUUCCAGUUGUGCGUAAGCGCUCCAAUCUAAAGUGCACCAAUUGCUUUGAAAUGGGCCAUAUGCGUUCAAAAUGUCCGCGUCCACGUAAGCCUGUAAUUUGCUACACCUGCGGCAUGACCGGACACGCCGAACCCCGUUGUCCCAAUGCCAUUUGUCUGGGGUGUGGUGCCAAGCAAGCGCUCUACGUGCAGAAGUGCAACAAGUGUUCCUUCCACAGUCGCAUGGUCUGUCAGCUGUGCAAGAUGCGUGGCCACAGCACCGAUAUGUGUCCUGAUAAAUGGCGGCGCUACCACUCCACGACCCGAUCAAAUGAGCUGCUGGAUGCCAAUGUGCAGUAUCGUCCAAAGAAUUGCAGCUAUUGCGCGGCACGUGGACAUCUGUUUGAGGAGUGUCGUCAACGCAUUGGCGAAUAUCGCAGUACAAACUACAGCAGCCUCAUAAUGUCACAUCAGAAGGUUUAUAGGGAUCGCAGUGGACCAAUUAGCUAUCUUUUGGACAUGGACUCCUUUUAUGCCAUCGACACACCUUUUCAUUUCAACUGGAGCUCGGAAUUUUCAAAGAACAGCUGCUAUGCACGCUUCCUCAAGGCAACCGGCUUGGCGCGUCCCCAAGCGAAGCAAAAGAAAGCCAUGGUGACGACACAAGUAAAGAUGUAUACUAAUGACUAUGUGCCCAAUCCAUUGGCCACAGCAGCACGUGGAAAAGUGGCAGCGCCUUCGACUGUGAUAAUCGAAGAGUUGCCAGCCAAGGAAAAUGUCGAAUGCGAGGCUGUGACAGCAACAACAACAGCAGUUGCCACACCAGAGUCUCAGCAGCAGGAAGAGAUCAUCAUUAAUACGCAAGCCAAGCCCUCAGAAGCUACAACUACUCCAAAACCCAGCAGCAAUGCUGUUUCUUUAAUCAGCAAAUGCAACAUAACACCACAUGAUAUAGACUCAGAUUCAAAUUACAGCUUCUCCGAGCAUUUUGAGGUGCCCAGCUCCACGACAACGUCCAAUGAGGCUGAGAACCAACAAAGUCAGCGGAAAUCAGGCCCAUUGGAGGAUCUGCCAGAUAUCAUACCGCUUAGCACAGCUGAUGAUGACGACAAGGAUGAUUUCAGCAUCAGCAAUAGCAGUCAAGGCAUCUCCAUGUGCGUGACUAGCAAGGCGACAUCUACAUCAACCUCAGCUGUUGCAUCGGAGAGCUUGCCGGAUUUGCCAUCUGAGGCAAAGAUUCUGAUGGCACACGAUCAGACACAGUACCUGUUCAGUCCGGAGGGACGUCAGUUUCUCACCAACUCGGCCAAGCAGUGCAAGGUGAAUGUUCGCAUGGAUUUCGAGGAGUAUGGUUACGUGCUGGUCAUCUAUGGUCUUAAGAAGAAUCAGGAGGAUCUACAGCUUUUAUUGUUGCGUCGCAAUCAAGAGGUGAAGCGUAAGAGCAGCGAUUUCCAGAGCCAAAAGCCGCCAAAACGCAUCGAUGUGCUUAUACGCUUUAUGCGUGAUGGCAUCUAUAACUUAACUGGAGAUCUUGGCAAUGCGAAGAAUCAUUAUUUCCGUAUUAAGGAGUUGGAGCAAAUGAAUACCAAAAAUGGCUUCAAAUUGGCCGAGCGGAAGCGGCGUCAGCUCAACAUGAUACUGUUUGGACAGGCUGGACUUGCCAAUGGCAGCAUGCAUCUUGACCAGCUGCUGGUCAUACUCAAGCGGCUGGUGCAGGAGCAUUCUCCAGACGGCAAUGCACCUCAAGCAUUGCGUAACGAAAUCGAGGAGCAUUGGCGGGUUAUAUUCAGCUCUCUGCCGCAUGCCGAUUAUGACUCCCUGCUGAAGAGUUAUGGCAAGCUGGAGGUGAAGAAUCGCAUGAACACACUGGACAUUGAGCCCACAGUGUUGGGAUUGCAAUCGCCGCGCAAGUCGCAGCCUGCACAGAAACGGGAUCGCAUUGCUUCACCUCCACCACCGCCGCCAGUUUGGCAACAUGAUGCAACCACAACAACAACAACAACUACACUGCCCGCUAAUAAGACUAAAUCACCAAAAGGACGAGCAUUGUUGAAUGGCAAAUGGUCGGAGCAGCAGACACCUUUGCCGCCCGUAUGGCAGCAAGAGGAAAGAGCACAACCACAGCCAAACAUGCAGCAGCAACAACAACAACAACAGAACAAUCGUACACCAAAGCCACGCCCACAGACAAAUGUGCGAUCUGCGAAUCCGCAGCAAAGACAGCUGCCAAUGCCUCCCAUUUGGCAGCAGGAGGAGCAACAUAACAAUCUGUCAAACCAUAAGUUACGCCCAUCAAAGCAACGAUUACUCCCCUAUGCCAGACCAACUGGACAGCAGCAACAACAACACCCACAUCAACAACAAUUAUUGCCUUGUAAUAAUAUGCAACAACGUACUCCUGCCAAGCUGCAACUGCAUCGUAAUUGUCCCCUGCAGUCGGAGUGCGUCCGUUUGCUUGCUGGCAUGGAGCGUGAUUCGCGGAGCAGCAUCAAUACGGAUGCCUCAAAGCCAUCCAUGUUUUGGUCCCGCGAAUCGCUCAAGUAUCUGGAUAAAUUGUUUCAAACUACGGCCAAUCCGGAGACUCUGGAGCGACUGCAUCGUGUGCUGGAUCGUUCGCGGCGUGGCCAAUUGUCGCAUAAUGAUUAUCGCGCUGUUAUUCGACUGCACUCGAUAAUGGACUCCAACUGAAAGUUGGUUUGGGGAUCUUAUAAGGGGGGUUACUUAUCAGUUUUAUGGUUAGGAAUGAGCUUAAAGAAAAUGGAUUAAUAAUAAUAAUGGGUAUAUCGAAGAUUUUACCCAAUGUAACGAAUAAAAUAGAUAUGGACUUCAGUUUAAUAUUGCAAUAUGUAA